AAACGACAAACAUAUUGUUAAGAUUGAAAGGAUUUUGAAAACGGUUCGUUUAGAAAAUGGAGAUUUACAUAAUAGGGAUAUCAAACAAUUCAAUGUAAGUUUACUUGUGGAGCGGCAUAUUUUCUUUUCUUUGUGCUAUUGUUAGUCAUCAAAAUAUAUUGUUAUUGCAAACAAAAUAGUCAGUGAUAAAAUAUCUAGAUUAUUCGCUUUAAAAUCAAUUGUUUAAGAUAAUGACACAUUUACAGCAACAAUAUGUUUUCGAUUCCAACAGAAAUAUCUGUAAAAGGUUAAUAACAAAGUGGAUAACGAAACUAGAAAAAUCCUACUGAUGAAAUAAAUAGACGAGGGAGUCAUAUUUCUUCUUUCGAUUUAGGAUGCUAAUGUAAUUUCACGAUUCUUUAUCUUGGCCUGAUAAGUUAGAGGGUUGAGGAGGGAGGGAGCUUGGAGUUCACGUCACACCGACAAAUAUAUGUGGCGACGUUCUAGACUUUGACAGUGAAGAAGACAGCAGUGUUUCUCUGCAUAUUAUUUUAGGCACGAACAGCCUCCCGGGUAGAACCACCGACCUGCUGUAAGCUGGCGGCUGGAUGACUUCCUCAGAUGAAAAAAUCUUACACCCCUGGAUAGGGGUCGAACCCACAGUGGUAAAUGGUAAAUGAUUAGAAGCAUAUGAUCUUAUAAUCACUACUCGGCCACAGAGGGUCCCGAAAAUUUAAACACUCGGUAUACAGAAAUUAAAAGUGUAGGUUUCCUGGAGAAAUACAGAAUCUUAUUUAAAUAUUUACGAUCUAACUAUUUAUUUUGAUUGUACACCACUUUCUUUGAAUAAAGGAGAAUUAUAUUUAGAGUAUACAUAGAAGCCGAAGAUAUAAUUAGCUAUAUUAUGAAAUUGUAUAGCUAUGGAGUAACAAAUCUAAGAGAACGAAUAAGAUUUCUUAAAUUCAGUACAGACCAAAGACGAAGUAAAAAGCGAUGAAAAAUACAUGUACUAUAAUCCACAUGACUAUACCUCAAGGAAAGUACCGUUCAACAUUAUCAAUAAUUAGUUAAUUUCGCACGCAUGCAUACUGUCAAUAUUUACUCUGUAGAAGAAAAAAUGAGUCAGAUAGAUUUUGAUGGAUUGCCAGAGACUCCCUGGGGAAAAACAUGCAACUGGAACAACACGUUCGAGACUUUGGCUGAACUUAAAGAUGAACUUGAGAACUUUGAACCAAUGGGAGACCUGCUGGCAGGAGAAGUACACUUCCCUCAGGUCAAUAUCCUGCUGUUUGGUUGUGUAGGAGCCGGAAAAUCCAGCGUGUUUAACACCAUCAAUUCUGUAUUCCGAGGAAAGAUUUUUAACGUAGCGUUAGCUAGCUGUGCAGAACAUGUUGUUACAACAAAGUUCACCAAAUAUCGAGUGAUGUCGGGAAGCAGUACUUUACCUAUGCCGCUGAAGUUCCGACUAUGUGACAUGAGAGGUUUGGAUGAAGAACACCUUAUGACAAAGGAAAAUAUGCGCUACAUACUCGAAGGAAGUAUUGCAGACAGGUUUCCGUUUGAUCCAAGUGGAAAUAUUUCGGUUGACAUGCCUGGAUUUAAGAAACACCCAGGGCUUGACGAGAAGAUUCACUGCGUUGCUCUUGUUCAAGAUGCAUCUAUGGUUGAUACCCUGCAAGUUCUGAGUCCAGAAGUAACCAAGAAUAUUAAGGAAAUGCAGACGGUUAUGAACAGUUUAGAUAUACCCCAAGUUGUUAUAUUGUCCAAGAUUGACAGUAUCUGCGAGGCGACGAAACAGGACGCAGCAAACGCCUUCAGGAGUGCCAAAGUGGAGAAAUGUGUAGCGAUAGUGUCGGAGGUUCUUGGACUCCCAAAAAACAUGGUGUUUCCAAUGAAGAACUACGAAAAUGAAUGCCAACUUGACCCUAGCAUCGACACCAUGGCUCUCCUCACUCUUAAAGGCAUACUGAACAACUGUGACGCCCACCUCUUCAACCACUAUGAUGAGAUUGUAAAGAAAUACGCAGUGGCCGAGAGAAGAAAUCCGUGAACGAUAUGAAGAAUUUCUACUUCAAAAUAAUAUGUCAUAUGAAUUUCCAUGAGUUGAAAUGAAUACUCGGAAACUAUUUGGAAUACAGUUAGAUACAAAUAUGUAUUAGCACCAUUGACAAACUCGAGUGUCCUGGUAUUGCCUGGUUCAAAAACAUUGUAGUAAUCGUCCAAACACAUAGCCAUUCAGUUUGAUUGCAAUUAAAAAUUGACAGGGACCAAUUUCAAACAGGAAAAGUCAUGUUGAAAGAAUGCAGCCACCCAUACUGUUUUCAGUAUGGAAAUGAGGUUGUAAUCGUGUGUUUUACAUAUAUGCAACAUGUAUCACACUACACUACACCUUAUUAUGAACGCAAGUGCAUUGAUUACUUGUAUGUACGAUUUACAUGAAUCAUGCAAGCAUAUUUUAUGCCUUAUUUUUAAAAUACUUAGGUAUUUUAUGUGUGUGCGUACGUGCGUGCGUAUAUGUGUAUGUGAAAUACAUCGUGUCAUUUUCUUAUCAUGUUGCUUACAAGAUUCUUUUUUUUUGUUUGUUUAAAUGAUUGUAAUACUUCAUCAAUAUAUUGCAUUCACAAUGUAAAAAUAUAUAUUUGGUAUUUUUAUUUUCUUUUUGACCGCUAUUGCAAAAUACGUAUUUGGCAAUAAAAGGGAUUUUCAGAAA